AUGGGCGCAUCACCGAGUAGGACCGCGUCGUCGCCGUCACCUCAGCAAAGGUCGGGCCUCCUUGGGAAGGGGGUGAGCGGCAGCAACGAUGAUGUUGUCGACGAUGGAUACGGCACGGCGGGUUCGAGCACGCGGUUGCAGGCCACAGCACCGACUGGUAACGACUUAGAUCCAGAGGACCCAUCCGCUGCCGCGGCCGGCCUGCGAUCAGGAGAUGCAGACGGUGGGAUCGACGCCUACUUGCCAAUUGGCACGGACGGCAACGGUGAGGCCAGCGCCAAGAGCAAGAACGACGGGCUGAGCGGGCAGAUCCUGUCCAUUGCUGUCCCUGCCCUCGUGGCUCUUUCGGUUGACCCCUUGAUGUCGGCGGUGGACACCGCUUACAUCGGGCGCCUUGCCGCCGAGCAUGGUGGCGGCGAGAUCGGGUUGGGCGCCUUGGCGCUGAACACCAACGUCUUCACCUUUUCCUUCUACAUCUUCAACUUCCUGGCGACAGUGCCGACGCCGUUCGUGGCCUCCGCCAGAGCGAAAGGGGACGAGAAAGGGGCAGCCAGGCUGAUCGGGCAGCUCCUCACGGCGGCGCUGGCUCUGGGGGUCGUUCUCCUGGUCCUGCUAGAGUUUUUCGGUGUGCACCUGCUGCAACUGCUGGGCGCGACGGCCGUGAACGAGGAUCAGGGGUUUCUGGAUACGAAGACGCCGCUUUUGAUUGGGUUGGCCGCCAACGGCCUCAACUUCGUUCUUGACCCUAUCCUCAUCUUCCAGUUCGGAUGGGGCCUUCAGGGCGCGGCGAUCGCGACCGUAACCGCCGAGUGGGCGGGCGUGAUGGCCUUCCUGGUGCUGCUCGCGCAGAAAGAACCCUCCAUUCGGCUGCGCCCGGUGUCGCUGCCGAAGAAUCGAGAAGGGUGGAAGGAGGGCAGCGCCGUUCUGACGUCCUCCGCCGCCGUGUUUGGCCGUACCGUAGCGUUGCAGGGGGCGCUGGGCACGGCUACCGCGUUUGCCGCUCGGGUCGGUCCCACCGCCAUCGCCGCCCAUCAGGUGUGUAACCAGCUGUACCUCCUGCUGGCCUUCGCGGCAGACUCGCUUGCGGUGGCGGCGCAGGGCCUCGUCGCGGACCGGCUGGGUGGGGGCAUGGUCGCGGAAGGGAGGGAGGUGGCCGGAAGGCUCAUCGUCUUCGGCCUGGGGUUAGGGGUGGGAACUCUGGUAAUCUUCCAGGUGUUCGGAGGCGUCUUGCCGCUCAUCUUCACAUCAGAUCAGAAGGUUAUCGCCGCUAUCGCUCCGGUCAUCGCGGUCGUGGGACUCUUGCAGCCCCUUAACGGUUACGUUUUCGUCGGGGACGGUAUCCUUCAGGGGACGCAGGACUUCGUCUACGAGAGAAGACGGUAUAAGUAA